CUAUAUCAAGUGUUUAUACCAACGCCUGCGCGUUGUAAUAUUUUCGGAUACAUGUGUACCUAGUAUUACAAAAUGAUUUACAUAAGAAAAAACUGAAUAUAAAUACAUAGUUAUGAUAAUUUCGUUAAAGUGAUCAUACUCUUAAUUAUGGCUAUGGCUAACCAAGAUGCAAAUAAUAAUAACCUUGCUUUGAGGGAAAAUUUAGUAAAAACAGCAGUAGAAUUUUUACAAAAUCCUAAAGUACAAAGUAGCCCCAUUGGACGUAAAGAAGAAUUUCUUCAAAAAAAGGGUUUAACAGAUGAAGAAAUUAAAAGAGCAUUUAAAUUAGCUUCUAUUGACAUAACGAUUGAUCAAAAUGUUGUUCAUAAUUCAAAUGAUUAUACAGUGGUCCCUAUUCCACCGAGACAAAUGUAUCCAUAUUUUCAAACAUACCCAUACCAAAUAACUUUUUUCCAAAGAACUAAAGAAUUCUUCAAUGCUACGGCUUUAAUUGGAGCUACUAUAUAUUGCAUUUAUUGGUUUUACAAGAAAUUCAUUGAACCAUUUCUAUUUGGCCGGAAAAAGAAGGAUAGCAUAAAGGAUUCAGUUACUGAGUUAGACAAGACUAUUCAAAAUUCCAUGAAAGAAGUAAAAGAAUCUAUUUCUAAAGUUGAGGGAGAUGUCCAAAAGUUGACACAGAAUCAAUCUAUGGACCCAAUGAUACCUCAAUUGGUACAAGAACUAAAACAAGAUUUAGCUAGUCUCAAAUCUUUACUUUUAUCAAGAAAACAAUUUCCAAGUGCGCCAGCAUCAGUACCAUCUAUAUCUAUACCAACAUGGCAAUUAGAUGCUGCAGGUACAAGUCAGGAAAAAUCAACUGAACGAGAAGAUGAUGCUGGAAGUGGAAGUAGCGCUAAUAAUUCAGACAGUUCUCUGGAAAUGAUUCGCGAAGAUCCGCCUAAGGUGUAAAUUUAAGAUAAUUCAUAAACAUUCACUUCCACCAUAACAGUCUUCAAUGUACAGAAUAUUCUGCGAUGUCUAUUAAAAGGAAUAGAUGAUUUUGAUCAUGUGUAAUAUAUAUUAAGAAUCGAA